AUGGCUUCGCCCUUGGAUCAGAUUGUCAAGGGUGCUCCCGUGCCUGAAGUUCAUGCUCCUACGCCGGAGCCAUUGGCUCCGGCUUCAGCUUCAUUCUCGGGUUCCUCCUCCCCACCACGGCCCUCAACGCCAGAUCCGCUGGCCAUCGCACCCGACUCACCUCCCCAAAUAUACCUCAACCUUCUGAUUAUGGAGGCCUCGUUACGAGCGCAAUACCUGGCCCUCCGCGAACGCCGUCGUCAGAAUACUUUCUUCUUACUACUCCUUGCCGGCUGGAUCGCUUACUUCUCCUACGCCUUGUUCCUACGCCCCCGAGAAGAUGGCCUCGGCGUCGGUGGUUCCGUUUAUUGGGUGGUGGAGAUGGGAGAAAAGGUUGCCCUCCUUGGAGGAGUAGUCACUGCACUCUUGGUAUGGGGAACGGGGCAAUGGGAGCGUGGAAUCCGCUGGCCACGGCGCUGGCUCGUCGUCGCCAACCGCGGCCUCCGCACCAUGAACACCAAGAUCAUCAUCAUCCGCGGUCCUUGGUGGCAGGAGUUGCUCUCCUACGUCUCCUUCCUAUUUCCCUUCUCCCACUACCAGCAAUACUAUACCAGCGCGGACAGUGAGUCCGGCCUCGUCGAGGAAGAUCUCAGUCCCGGCGGCGAUUAUAUUCAUCUCCUUCUUCUCCCCAAAUCAUUCUCCCCGGAGUUCCGCGAUAAAUGGGACCAGUACCGCACCGACUUCUGGUGUUCCGAGAACGAACGCCGCGCAAAGCUACGUCACCAGCUGCGCGAGCGAGAACGUCAACUUGCUCGAUCAGAGGGAAACUGGCUCGGACGCCUUGGCUUGGACUGGCGCGCUUCAAGGCGCCGCCGUCUUGUGGCUGCGACGUUGCACCGUUCUAUUGAAUCAGAGAGCAAGCCUCCUCUUCGUCCUCAUUCCCUCCACCAGCAUCAACCGUCCAAUUCGUCCAAACUCACCCAAGAACACCGAGCUCCCUCCCUUCGGCGGAACACUCGCUCCGAGUCCGCCCACUCCCGUACCUCUUCUCGCAGCACUACCCCCGUUGACGUCGAAGACCGUCCGCCUUCCCGCUCCUCUGCCUCCGGCCGUCCCCGGCGCGGAAGUACUACGCCUUCUAUAUCGGGUGGAGAUCAAAGUCCACAACAGAGAAAGCGGAAGGGAUCCAAGUCCUUACGUCGGGGUUUGUCACCUUUGACUCAGGCGCAGGUGCGCGAGGGUGUGCGGACACCGUCUUUUUCGUCCGAUGACUCGGUGCUGGUGGGUGAUAGGGAGAAGGAAAGUAUACCGACCUCUGUACCUGAACCAAAUUCUGCUUCUUAG